UGUGUGCGAAUUUAGACUGCUCCGCGAGGCACUUGGAAUGUAAAUAGGCAACGUUUUCUGGCUAUAAAAGGUUUCGGCAAAGUCUUUCGCCUCUUCCCCCCCAAUUCGCUCUUUUCAAAACUCCCGUGAAGUAGCCUAGGAGCGAAUGAAACCCUCCCCCUGGUAUCAUUAAUUUCGGGAAGCAGUAGCGCUCUGUGUGCGUGUGUAAUCCAGCGGUCCGCGCCGAGAGGAAGUGACUAUUUACUUUCUACACCCAGAUUAACGUAAACCAGGUGGACCUCAGAUCUAACGGGACAGGCGUUCUGUGUGUCUGUGGCUAGCCUUCUCCGGCCAGAAUGGCUGAAGUCUUAGUAUGAAUUGGAUGCUUAUUUCUUAUGAGUAUUUCUAGGCUUUGGUUUUCUUCUCUCGUACAGAAUUUGGAGUAGCAGAAAGUUUUCUGACAGCGCGCUAAGGAGGCGUAGGAUACACAGCCUUCGCUACAGUCAUGCGGUUCCGCUGCACGGAGUGUUUUUAAUCAGCCGAGGGGCACUCUUCUUGAGGAGGGCAAGAAGGAAACUUUUCCUUACACUGAAAUUCUGAUAACCACCAGAGUUUCUCUUUUUGGACUCGUUUCAAAAGCUCUCUCUCUUGUAAAGUUUUCGCUUGUUAGUCUCAAAUGCGACCACCACCGCGAAGCGAAGGACAGACGAUGGUGGCAUUUCACAUUGUAUCCCUGCUGUUUCCAGAGUGAAAUGCUCUAUGUCCUUUAAACCUCUGCGGAUUCCUGAAGAGCGUGUUUGCUGUUAAUUUCUCACUGCUGUAGGAGCGCAACAGUGCGGCGUCUUCUACGAGUGUGAUGCGGCUGCCAAAUAAACAUCUCCAAUGGUAUGCCCCGUGUCUUCGGUCAAGAGGCAUUCUCUAGAAGCGGGGAUGCUCUUGCGGCGGACCUGUACCCUCCGUCGUAGAUAUUGCACGGCUCCCUUGCUGCUCAUAGGCAUAGCAGUAUGUCUUCUUUACCAAAUGCUAAUGGUCGAUCGGAAUGGGUUUAAAUCCGACGGCCCGACUACCCACGAUAGGAACAAGUCAGUGAUGACUUUCUUGGACCACAGACAUCUUCUGAAAGACCCGGAGAGGCUUGUGUCAGCACUUGAAGCAUUUCAGGUGGACAAAGGCAGUUCUAAACGGCAGGCUGGAGUAGCCAUUGUGUUGACAGGUCAGCUGGUUUCCACGGCUACUGAGGUCCAGUUGUACCAGAGGGUUUUGCAGCAGCGCGGUUACUGGGUCGACCUGGCACGUUACGCUGAGACCAGCAACACAGUCCGCCAAGACAAGACAGAUGGCAGUGGCUGGAAUCUGCUGAUGUGUCUGAGGGGGUCAGAGAGAGGUUGUCUGCGUAAAAUCAGCUUCUCCAGUCUCCAUCCAAACCAGAGGAUCAACAUUAUCCCAGCACUUGUGGAAGCCUUCUCAGAAGUGGGAGGAAUCUGCAGGUUUCAGACAGACAGGCGAUUGGCAGGCUUGAAUCUUUCCAUAAUUCCCUCUGCCUGUGGAAACGAGGGAGCCAAUCCGCUGAGCUCCUCCAGUUUGACAGGAGGUGAUUGGCAUCCAUCCAUCCACCCGCCACUUUCCUCAGCCAAUCAGCACGCUGUUGCCACGGUGAAUGUUUACGUCCUGGUUACCUCCGUGCGGCCACUCACGGCGUUCUUACAUCACACCGGGCUGGUGAGGUCACAGGGGGACACAUACGGCCAUGUCUCUGAGCUGCAGCUCUUCUUCCUGGAUCGUCUGGGUCCGGCUGACUCUCGGCAGGGUCUGGCUCACAUGCAGCACGUGGUCAGUGAGGUCCUGUUGGCAGCGACCCUGACCAAUGAGGAGGCCAGCUAUCGGCACAGCUGCAGACUGUGUUUCCAGUGGCUGACGUUCACGCUGAGCUUCAACGCCUCUCUCUCUGCUGUGGUGGUGAAGGUCCAGACAGAUUUACACUUCCAGGGUCUGAGGGACCCGGGUUUUGACGGACAGAUCAGAAAAGAGUUCAUCCUGGAGGACGGGCUGCACUUUCUGUUCGAGGCCCAUCACACACAGGAGAUUGCGCUGCGAUUGGUGGAGCCGGUUCAAGCGAAUCUGAGGCAGCAGUAUGGUGGCUGUGAAUGGACAAACAGCCUUUGUUUGCCCCCGGAUGAUCUUCUUCUCCUGAUCCAGUUUCAACACCAGCUUAGAAAGCCAGGGCCAUUUGAAGUGCUUCAUCCUCAGGUCUCUUCUGAAACUUCAACCCUCCACCGGCUCCUACUCCAAAGACUCCAGCAACCAGUGGAUUCUGGGAAGGAAUCAGUGUUUUCAGCCAUGUUUGAGCAGCUCCUUCAGUAUCACCAUAAAGACAAGAUACAGAGCAGGGACAGUCCCAGGGGUUCAGGUGGACGAGGAUAUGGACACGAUUCCCAGAACUCUGCAGCAGGUGAAGGUAGAUGUGUGGACCCCCACCUUCGACAGCUCUACACAGACCCACCUCUGGUUCUAAACCCACAGUUUGACCCCUGGCUGAAGGAGUAUUGGGCCGAGGUUCCAUUUGACAUGGUGAUGGUCCGGGUCCGUCCAGAACCCGUCAGCCCUCACUGCCAUGUGCACCUGGAUGAGCAGCGUGGACCCAGAAUUGUAAACUACCCUGUUGGCCUGGGCAACAGCAGAAUCAACAUUCUGGUGAUGGAUGAAUCAGAGACAGAGCCCGUCGUCAUGACGAUAUACACUCUCCACAUAUUCCGGGAGAAUCGGCCCAGCCUGCCUAUGUUUGCGGAGUACGUGAUGUGUGGCUUUGUACAGGACUGUGGCCUGGUCGUCCGGCCGGACCAACCCUGUGGUCUGGAACCCCUGCAUGGGUUGAGGUCUUCAGACGAGGCCCAGGCUUCUGGUUGGCCUCCUUGCUCAUCAGGAGAUGUGUCUGGCCGUUGGGUGGUGCCCUGUUUGAGCUGUUCAGAUAACAGGACGUGUGAUUGGAGGGAGGUUGCCUGGCAACCAGAUGGCUGUUACCACCCCUUGCUGGAUCGACCACAACUGCAGCAAUGCAUGAUGGACCGCAAGGUGCUGUUCAUCGGCGAUUCCACCAACCGCGGGAUGAUGUACUACCUGAUGGAGAGAGUGAACGUGACGCUGGAGGACUGGGACAAGGCCCACGACACCAUCGUGUACCACGACCUCAACCACGGACACACACUCAUCAGCUACAGCUACUACCCCCAGUUCUGGCUGGACCAGAGCAGCAGGCCCACGUUUGAGAAGGCGCUGGAGCAGCUCAUCGAGAGGUCUCGUCCUCUGAUAAACUCCCCACAGACAGUACUGGUGGCUGGGGGGGUCCAGUGGCUCAAUACCAGACAUCUUAGGACCAUUCAGCAGGUUUUGGAGAGAGAGAAGCUGCAGGACAUCAUGGUGAUCGUGAAAUCUCUGGGCAUGGGUUUCCAUCUCGCUGUCGACGGCAUUCGCUCUCUCUCUCUGGCCAGCGUGCAGGAACUGGACCAUGUGAACCAGGACGUUCUCACCGAGGCAAAGCAUUCUGGGUACGAGGUCGUGGACACCUUCAGCGUCACCAUGGGCCGCUACAAGGAGUUCCUGCAGGGAAGAUGUGCCUGCCACUUUCAUGAGGUGGCAAAGAAUUCAUUUUCAGCUCCUCAGCACAGUACUCUGCGGAUCCUGCGACAGGAGGGAGAGUCUGGAACUGGAACCGGAACCGGAACCGGAACCAGUGACCCGGAGGAGCACCAGAACACGUGGCCGCCCUCUAACACGUCCUACCACGUCAGGGGCCCCGUGAACCAGGUCUACUCCGAGAUCCUGCUCAGCAGAUUGUGUGAUCGGAGCAGAGGAGGCAAAACAACACGCCAGACCUGAAGGACAGGAAGCUAUGUGUGUGUGUGUGUGUGUGUGUGUUUGUGUGUGUGUGUGAGUGUGUGUGUGUGCGUGUGUGUGUCUGUUUGAAUGAAGGGGAUGGCAUCUGUGGGUCCAUGUGUGAAGAAGCUUCACAAUCAGUUUUGCCAUAAGAGAUUAUUCAUCUUCCAGAAUGCCUUGUUGAAAUCCAUUACAUAAUGUGAUCCAUUAAAACAUUGUCAGAUUCGGGAAACUGACUGAGCUUAACAGCCAGACGUGUACCCCUUUACCCCUUGUGGUGGAGGUAGGGUGAGGGAGGUAGGGGGCAAAGAGAAUUUUUGGGUGGUGGGGGGUAUCCAGAUGGCGACUGGGUGCGCUGUCUACCCCCCUGAUAUCCUGCCAAAAACCGACUGCCACAGCUGCAGCCGAGAAGGGGCCAAUUACAUGUGGAGCUGCUGCAUAGAUCAAUGAGAGCUGGGAGACGGCUGGCCGAACGACCUGACAACGUUCCGGCAACGUCCUGACAAACUUUCCAGCUAAGCUUUCUUGGCGCAAGCGUGUGGAGAGCGCCGACCCUCGCGUGUUUCCAAGAUGUUUCCGAGAGAUCUCAUGGCCUUUUUCAGCAGUGCCUUUGAUGUCGCCAGGCGUGAAGCCACUUUCAUGGAAGCUGGAUGUACUUUUCUUGAGUCAAGCUUUUUAGCUUUUUUUAAAUCAUCCUUGUCUCAAAUAUAUAAGUUUAUUCUCUGAGGUACCGCAAGCCAAAGGUCUUAUACAGAUUUAACGAUUUUAUACUGAUUAUCAAAGUUGAUAUCUUUGAAUGUCUGUAUGAACAAUGCAAAUAUUAUUAUAUUUUUCUACAGAUGUAUUGCCUCUGCCUUUGAUCCGUUUUGUAUAAAGCCUUUCUGUUUACACAAUGGAAGUUUCUCUAUUUAUAUAUUGUGUUAAUGGGUUUGUAUGCUGAUUUUGACAUUAGCAUUGAUGCUAUGUCUGAAUCUCUUUUGUUUGUAUUCGGCGCGUAUGAAACGAAAAUAAUCCUGAUGUACAUCCGUCUACUAUCGAGUAGGCUACACACCUAUAAAAAAAGCUAAUACUUUUUCUAGCUCCUCAGCGCCCGUUUAACUUGUCUAUGAAUAAGCUAUUUCCUGUUCUGUCUGAGUGAGAUAUUUUUUCAUCCCUGGACUUUGCAGACAAAGCAAUAUUUGAUCGUUGGAGAGCAUUUCAACGUUAGAUAUGUGUGUUCUGCCGCGACGCAGGCCUACCUGUUAGGGUGUUGCAUGAAUGGUGGGAUGUCUGUCAUGGUUUAGAAUCCAUCGAAAGGUUCGUGAGAGCUGGGAUUCACCGACUAUGCAUAGCUUAAUUUUUAAUUAAAGUUUCAUUUAUGAAAGCCUCUUGGAUUUCAUUAGGUUUUUGAGACACAUUGAAAAAAGUAUUCAUGUUUUCUGUGUUAAUAUACACAGAAUGGUAUAUUCUUAUAUUAAAUUAUUAUAUUUUCAUUAAUCGAUGAUGUCCUGUAAAUUAUUUUGGUGUUUGAAAUGUCACUAUUCACAUUUUGGAUCGCAAUAAAUUAUAUCGAUGUUA